GAUUAUGUGGAUUCUAGUUUGUUUUCUGUUACUUUUAAGCACUCUAUUUGACAUUUCUGCCUUUACAAUAAAUACUGAAAAACAACAGUUGGUGAACUCGCUGACACAUUUUAGUGCAAAUUGUUUUUUGGAUAAUUCAACUUAUUACCAUGGAGAGACAUUUAAGCCUGACUGUAGGACGCAAUGUGUUUGCCAGAAUGGUCACCAUGCCUGCUCAUCUCUAUGUCCACAUGAAAAUUUGCCACCUCCAGUUGAUACAGCAAUUUGUAUAGCACCAAAAUUAGUACAACUGCCGGAUCACUGCUGUCGAGUUUGGCUGUGUGAGACGCCUACAACUGAUGUGAAUGCGACAUGCUUUAAUGCUUCUACAACGCCAUGGUCACGAUGUUCUGAAAAUUGUGGGAUUGGUGUUUCAACGAGAAAUGUAACAACAACGCCUGGAUGUACAGAACUUAGUAAUAUUCGACUUUGUCAGAAUCAUCGGUGCGGUCGAAUUGAAGAUAAUUUAAUUGUUGAUAAAAACGAUAGGUCAUAUUACUCAUCAUCUUUAAACAUUAUGAAAAAAAAGUUAAUUAAAAAACAUAGAAUUAGGAAAGGACAUGAGUGUCGAAGUUCUCAACGAAAAGGUCCAUCGAGAUUACGUUUAGGACCAUGUGUAUCACGAAAAUUGUAUCGUCCGAAAAUAUGCGGACAAUGUCAAAGUAAAAACAUGUGUUGUGUGCCUUUAGUAUCAUCAACUAUUCAAGUAGAACUUUUAUGCCCACUAAAUUCGGGUAAUCUGUUUGAUUUUAUUGAAUAUGGCUAUGAUUUAUGGGAUAGCGAUUCAAUUGAUCCAUUGGACCAAGAGCUACUGAAUUCGCGGCAGAUUCAUAUUGAAAAUAAAUUCAUUGAUGUCGAAUGGGUAGUAAAAUGUCAAUGCGGUUAUAGGGGUAAGAAUUGUACAUCACAUCAACAAACUAGUGAGGAUUCUAUCGAGCUUUUAAAGCGGGUGCAUCGAACGUAACUUUAAAAAAUAGGUGAAAGCAGAGUUAUCGAAAAAAUGAGCAAAACAAGAUGCGAGAUUCAAGGAAAAAUUGAAACCUUGCUAUUGCUUAAAAAAUGUGACCUUACACAGCUAAAUUUAAUAUUUUAAGAAACAUAAUAUAACAUUUCGUUCAUAAAAAAGGAGAAAAGUACACUUGACAUUACAUUUGAAUUUUAAUUUAAACACAUACAAGAGGAAAUCAAAAAGAUAACAUGAUGAAAAAGUCGUUUUGUAAUUUCUUUGUGCAUAUUUUCAAAAGAAAAACUGUUUUAAGAACUUUAUUCUGUCUGCCUAUCUAUUUAGAACACACAAUUUAAGAACAUUUUGAUUUUUUUUUGUAAAAUGAUAUUUAAUGAAAUUAGAUCAAAAAACCAAGUUGAUACCAAAUGAAAAGAAAUGCGUCUAAAUAGGUAAUUCAUGAUGAUAUUCCGAAAAAAUAAAAAAUAGGGAGAAAACAUUACAUAAAUAAAUCAAACAGGAAAAAUUUUAAAGAAUGAAUAAAAAAUUUAAAUUUAAAUUGAGGAUUAUUUUUAUCAGAAUUUUAAUUUUGGAUGUAAUGUGAAAUAAGAAAUAAAACUGGUUGAAUAUAUGAGCAAAUCGACCAAUAAAAGACACGUCAAGUUUUGAUUAAAAAAAUGUAGCAAAUUUCAUUAACACGUUUUGUAUAAUUUCAAAGAAAUCUUUCAAUUUUCGUCGGAAACUCACCUCGAAAC